AUGGAGUUUGAGGAAAAUCUAAUCCUUUUGAAAUCAGAAAUUAACUAUCCUCUUUAUCUUACUGUUUCUUUUCCUAUUUCAGAAUAUCACAUCAUGAGCAUUUUAACUAAUCACAAACGUAUUCAUACAGGAGUGAAGCCAUAUCAUUGUGAUAUCUGUGGUAAAUCAUUCUCUAGAAGUGGUCACUUGACUAGACACAAGCUUACACAUAUAGGAGAGAAGCCAUAUCAUUGUGAAAUCUGUGGUCAAUCAUUCUCUCAAAGGAGUAACUUGACUAGGCACAAGCGUACACAUACAGGAGAAAAACCAUAUCAUUGUGAUAUCUGUGGUAAAUCAUUCUCUGAAAGGAGCAGUUUAACUGGUCACAAACGUAUUCAUGCAGGAGAAAAACCAUAUCAUUGUGGUAUUUGUGGUAAAUCAUUUUCUCAGAAUUGUCACUUGACUAAUCAUAGAUACAUUCAUACUGGGGGAAAAGCUAUAUCUCUGUGAUAUCUGUGGUAAAUCAUUCUCUCAAAAUUGUGAUUUAACUAGUCACAAACAUGCAGGAGAGAAGCCAUAACAUUGUGACACAUGAGGUAAAUCAUUUUGUUCUAAAUGUCACAAAUUUAUUUAUUCUGGGAAGAAAAUGAUCACUGAUACAUUUGAGAAAUUCUCAGAACCAGUAAUAUUUUUUCUUUAUUCGUUUCUGAUUCAUAUGUUUUUGAUAUCGGAGAUGAUGAUUUAGCAAAAAUUUCUUAUUUAAUUUCUGUCCUCCUCAAUUUAUUUGCUUGUUUUACAGUUGACAAGACAUGCUAUCCUGCACAAAAUAACAGCUUCCAAAUCCUCUUUCUCCAUUGACUGUUCCUAAAGUUUUGUGCAAUGUUUGGAAGCAUGCAUUUUGAGAUCAUUCUAAGUUGUUACCAUCUCAGUACAGGGGUAGCUUGUGUUGCUGCACAUAGAAAAUUUGAAAUUAAAAAGUAUUUUUUCUAUUUUAUUAAUCUCUGUAUGUUUCCAUGUAGAUUGAAAAGAAAAUUUGGAAUAAAGUUUUAAUAAAAUUUCAAAAAGGC